AUGGAUAUCUCAGAUGGUUUUAUUCCCAUAGUUGCCAUAUUCUAUGCGGUGUUUCACCCUAUAGAAGGGACAAAGAUUGUACACCAAUUCCCCGAAAAUUCAAUUUCAACAGGUGGCAGAGGCGGUGAUACCGACGAAGGAAUCUUUGAUUUUGAUACUAUCAAAAAUUACGUCAUUCCAAAACCACAAUUAUGUAAUCGACUUAUAUCAUUAAAGAUCGACAAAUACAAGGUUAUUGGGUAUCCAGUAAAUAUGGAAAGUUCAUAUUAUGCUAGAAAUUCCUUUAAUUUCAACUUCUGUUUUGUGUUUCGUUAUGAUAUGGGAGACGUAUCUCCAUAUGAGUCAGCAAUCAAGCGAAUGGGACAAAUGUUUCAAGUUUUGGAGGAGCAAAGUUUCAUGUUGAGUUGUUUGGAUAAACAUAAUGCAUUUUUUAGGGAAAACCCUUUUGCUAAUGGGAAGAAGACUGCGGCAUCAUCGAAUUUUGAUGUCAACGGAUUCUCUAUCAUUGACAGCACCACAGGCCCUGGAAAUGAUGCCCAAGUGAAUAUCCCUGGGUUUGCCAAAACGAAAAGAAUCGCUCUAUCGUCAAUUGAGUCUUUAAUUCAACAGAUAUAUCAGGACUUGAAUAACUACUCAGAAUGUUGUAUCCCGCUUGACACUUCGAACUCAGUUGAUAUCAAGUUGUUUCCAAUUUUGCCUCCACCAAUUAACUUAAAGGCAUAUCAGGUACCGAUAGCUACCGUGCGUUUGCAAUCACUAGUUGAUGUAAACUGGGAUCCUACAAUGAUUAAAAUCCUUCCGUACAUUAAUGGUUUGAAUUCCGUCAAAAGGAUAAGCGAACUCGCAGACGCCAAUUAUCUUUUAACGAAGCAAUGUAUACAACAUUUGAUGCACUACAAAUGCAUUGAGAUUGUUGAUAUUUUUCAGUUCAGUAAUAUAUAUGCACCGACAAAUCAUAUUGGGAACUUUUUAAAAUCUGACGGUAAGAUGGCUGAAGAGUGUCAAGCAUAUGUUGUUUCCAAUGAUACCAGUACUGAGAAUUCUUCUUUUACAAACACGCCGAGUCAGCUUAGUUCGCCUCACCCCAAUAAUGGGGAGUACACACCAACCUAUAACUACAAGUCAUCUUUUGGAUCGGCAUCUGUUUCACCAUACACCAAAGCGACAUAUUUGUCGAAAUCACCACGGGUAGGAAUGAUGUCACACACUGAGGUGAAGGUUCCAACAAAAACAACAUUGUUUUACUUGUACCGCUCACUCAACCAAGGUCAGACCUUGAAGGAAUGGUAUGUCCAGCAAAAAAAGUAUUUGGACAAUAUAGAUAUCAGGAGGUUUAUUAAUUUUGGGGUUUUGAGGGGGAUCAUUUACCGAGUGUAUUCUUAUCCACUAUUGAACUCAAUAACAAAAGCCAUCGAGAAGAAUGAUAUCGGUGCGGUUGAUAAUAUGAUUAAUAGGUUGCAGAGGAAAAAGGCUCACAGAAAGACCACCGGUGGAACGAACGAGAAUUUGCUCAAGACCAAAGUCAAUGAACGAACAUUAAGAACAGAUGUAAGACGAAAGGUCAGCUUUACCUAUAGCCAAAGCGACAAGCAUGAUCUACGAAGACUAUCAACUAGUGAAGUCAUCCUUGAAGAUGAUAGUUCUGAAGAUGAAGAUGAUGAUGACGACGAUGAUGAUGAUGAUGAAGAUGAAGAUUAUGAUAAUGAAGGAUCUGGAAAUGACGAAGCAGAAGGUGAUGAUGAGGACAAAAUAGGACCAUAUGUUGGUGGUUUUUCAAAUACUCAUUUGAUUCCAAUUGCAGAGAGACGUCACAGGAGGUCAUCUUCGUCAUAUUAUAUUGAUGGUGACUCCGACGACGGCGACGAAUCAGACGUGGGUUUAGAAAGUACGGAAGAGCAGAAAAGAAUAGUUGAUUUAUUAAAAAUGCUAAAGGGUUUCCAGUCAUUUGAUUCUAUUUGCACUGAAUUGAACAAAUCAAGAGCUGAAGUGGAAGCUAUGAUUGAUAAACUUGGAACUAUGAAUAUUGUCAACAGUUAG